AGGGGAGCACCAGGGAUUAGCAGGAGUUUUUGUUUCAUUAACAAUAUAUCCCAAUAAAAACGUUUUUGCAACUGUCGCUCUGGUCCACCGUACUUGUUGUUUUUGCCGGCCGUCUCAAGUUACCGCCUGCCCCCGGCUCCGGGGCUGCCAUUUUGGCAGGGGAAUCCCAACAUCCGGGACCUUAUUGACGUCACUGUGAAUGGAAUCAACACUGUCACUUUGGAGUGCGUUCGCAAACCACCGGUUUUCGCUUGAUUUUCGCCCUGAAGUCGCCGUAGAGGCAGUGCCGUAAAGGCGUGUACUUGAAUCUUCCUAUGAUUUGCACAGUUAAAGGCCCCGGCUCGAGCGGGAGUGAGUGUUUAUUUUUACGCCAGCUUCGCGGCCCGGAAGUGGGGAGGGGGAGUGCCGCGCCAUUAUGCCGUCGUGCGUAAGCUGUCACAACAACAACAUCAACACGAAGAGCAAAGCGAUAAGCUUCCAUCGUUUCCCUUCGGAGGACAAAAUCAGACUACAGAGGUGGCUAAUCGCCGUCCGGUCGAAUUUGAGGGAACCAUGGACACUGGAAAAGAUUCAAGAUAGUAUCGCCUCGAAAAACCCGGCAUUCGUCUGCUCCGAGCAUUUUUCGGCAGACUCUUGUAUCGACAACCCCAAGGCGAGAUAUGUUCCCUACUCUGUUCCUGCUAAAGUCCUUCUUCAAGACGCCUUCCCCACUCAGUUUGGGAGAAGCACGUCACGCGUGUCGUCAGAGAGACAGCGUGAAAAAAGGGAUCGGAAAGAGCUUCUUCAGAAGUUACUUCAGCAAAGCAAUGAUGCAUGUGAUCAUCAGAUGACUGAGCCCAUGAGCAGUGUUGAUGAAACAGGAAUGACCGAGGCAAGCGAUGCUGGUGCUGCAUCACCAUCUGCACCCCAAACAAAGUUCGAUUCAGGCAUCGUUACAUCACAAGGAUUGUUGGAUUCAGGCGUGUCUACAUCCUCGCUCUUAUCCGACUCAGGCUCAUCUACAGCACAAUCCAUGCUGGAUUCAGGCGUGUCUACAUCCUCGCUCUUAUCCGACUCAGGCUCAUCUACAGCACAAGCAGAAGUAGCACAAGGGUAUGGACUGAAAUUCCAUACAUACUGCAAGCCACCAAGUGCAGAACCUGACAAGUUUGUCACUGCUUCUACACAAACAGAGCUGACCGGUGAGAUGAUAGAAUCACUAAUGUCCUCAACGUUAUGUUCAACUCCGAAGGCGAAAGCCAAUAUGCGUGAACUGUCAUUUGCGACAUUGUCUCCAGUUGCCAGCCCGUCAGAUAAGAAUGACCCCACAUUCAAUCUAUCAAGUUUUGAGACAGAUAUGGAUGAUACAGACACCGACUACGAGUAUGACAGUGAAGAGGAGGAGGAAGGAAAUGGCUCGCAAUUCUACAUAGUACACAGAAGCAAGCUUCUCGAAAGGUUCCAGACAUGUGAGUGCGGCCAGCCCCUCGCUGUUUGGAACAUGAAAUCAACUGGCUCCAUGCUUGCCAUUGAAUAUGAAUGUUCCAGCUGCUCCAACCGAGGAACUUGGCACUCCCAACCAAAGAUUGGCAGUAUGGCUGCAGGUAACCUUCUCAUUCCUGCAGCCAUACUGUUUACAGGUGGUACCUAUAAGAAGUUCGCUGACAUAUGUGACACUCUAAGGCUGCAGAAGUUCUCAGAGUCACACUACAACAAUGUCCAAAGAACAUACCUCCUUCCAGCGGUCAACGAUUACUACCUCAACGAACAGCAACUCAUCCUCAGACGUUUCCAAGCAACAGCAGAAGAGGAAGCACAGCAGGUCACAUUGCUGGGAGAUGGGAGGUGUGACUCCCCAGGUCACUGUGCGAAGUACUGUAGUUAUACACUGAUGGAGGAGAAGACACAGUUCAUCCUGGACUUCCAGCUGGCACAGGUGACCGAAACAGGAACCUCCCAGGCGAUGGAAAGGCAUGCCUUUGAAAAAUCACUGGAGUUCGUCCGGGACAACGGUAUUGAUGUCGAGUGUAUAGUCACUGACAGACACCGGGGUAUUGGAGCAUCACUUAAGCAACGCAACAAUAGGCACAUCAAUCACCAAUAUGAUGUAUUUCAUAUGGCCAAGUCUAUUCAAAAGAAGCUGUCAAAAUCUGCAAAGAGGAAGGCCAACAGAGCCCUCGGCCCUUGGAUUAAAUUCAUAAAGAACCACCUUUGGUAUAGCUCAAGUACCUGCGAAGGAGAUGACGUGCUCCUACAAGAGAAGUGGCUCUCUCUGAUUGACCACAUUGCCAACCGCCACACAUUCAGAAAGAACCAGCUGUUCAAGAAGUGUGCUCACCAUCGACUCACCCCUGAUGAGAAGGAAAACAUCACUUGGCUGAGACCAGGAAGUGCCCCACACCGUGCCAUGCGGGAGAUAGUCUCCAAUAAGACUUUUGUCAAGGACAUGGCACAUCUGACAGGGUUUAAGCACACAGGGGUACUGGAGGUCUACCACAACAUGCUGACAAAGUACACCCCGAAGCGCCUACAUUUCCCCUACCUGUCCAUGCGGGCUCGUCUGCAGCUUUCUGUGCUGGAUCACAAUAACAACGUGUUCCGCGAGCAGGCAAAGACACUGGAAGGGGACCCGAGAUGGUCUGUUGUGUAUCCCAAAAGGACCAGUCUGUGGGUAGCCCGGAAACUGUUUGAGGCGAAAACCUAUGAGUACCGACAGCAGUUGAUGGAGGAAGUUGUGCGCAGGAAGGAGAGCGGACAGUGGAAGUAUGGACAACACGUCCUGCCUGAUCCAGAGAUGCCUGCAAACAUUGCCCCCGUGGAACGUGGCAGCAAACAGGAGGCCGUAGAUGCAUACCGGACCAGAUUCAGGCCGCGUUGAACUGUAGCUGCAUAAGACAGCAUUUUUGCUGUAUGUAGUUCUUGAUAAUGAUAUACAUGUACAAGCUUGUGUAGCUUUGUAUGAUAUAGCUAAGGUCAAAACAUUUUUUUUGACAAGUCAGAACUAUUAUAGGUAUGUUAUAAUAUACCAACAUGCUGCAUUAAUGAGAAAGACACUUGAUGAAGAAACAAUACUUUUUACAGAGGAAUGCUGACAUGUAUCAGAGUGUGAUAGUGUAUACAUGAACAUUUUUUAGAAAAGCUCUAGGCAAACUAUCUAGCCUGUCACAUUAGAUAAUCUGACAAAGUGUAACUAGUGAUACCUGGAAAAUACAAAUUUAUGUAGGUUACACAAUGCUUUUAACUUUCUACCUUCCAUCUAACUUUUACUGACUUGGUGUAAAAUGUAAGUUGCAUUUUACUAUACAAACAUUAGUAUUUAUAGAGGAAUGUUGACAAUAUUGUAUCAGAUUGUGAUAGUGUAUACAUGAACAUGUUCCAGAAAAGCACUAGGCAAACUGUCACAUUAAAUAAUCUGACAAAGUGUAUCUAGUGUUACCCGGAAAAUACAAAUUUAUGUAGGUUACACAGCUCUUUAACUUUUUACCUUCCAUCUAACUUUUACUGACUUGGUGAAAAUGUAAGUUGCAUUUUACUAUACAAACAUUAGUAUUUAUAGAGGAAUGUUGACAAUAUUGUAUCAGAUUGUGAUAGUGUAUACAUGAACAUGUUCCAGAAAAGCACUAGGCAAACUGUCACAUUAAAUAAUCUGACAAAGUGUAUCUAGUGUUACCCGGAAAAUACAAAUUUAUGUAGGUUACACAGCU